AUGCUGAAUAGAAAGAUUGGCCUCGAACUAGCAGGAUACACCUCUACUACCAAUGAAACAAACCAUGAGUCGAACUUGAUCGAGAUUAUGGCAACAACGCUUGUCCUAUGCUAUGGAGAAAUGAUGAUACCAAAUUCGACCGACUGGAGCCUCCACCUACAAGCUUGUGGCACGCUAAUCAAGAGAUAUAGCUGGUGUGGCCAGCCAGGAAAGCACUCGGAUGCUAUAGACUUUGUUGUGAAGGAGGUUGCAGAUAUUGAAGUCUUCCGCAAUAUGGGUGCUUUUGCAAAAGACCAGGUCUUCAUCGCCGAUACCAUUCAGCCCCAAGCGAAUCUUGAUAGCUAUUUCAAGACAUUCAUGGGAUUAUUUCGUGAGAUUACAAGCGAAGAAAGACGCAGACAGAAUAUACUCAAGACGGGUCGGUCUCUUUUCAUGACCGACAUGAGCAUUUGGCUAGACAAAGCCAAAAAUGCCUACAUGCGUGCUUCGAAUGACACCGCAUGGCUCUCUACCAUACACGAAGAUGAUAUUCGACAGCGUAUGGAGGCCACCAUUCGCGCAGUCUACCAUGCAGUCUGCAUUUACAGUCAUCAAGCUCUUGCAGCGGAUAUCGAGAGCAAAAGGCAAAUCGAAAGCUCCAUCACGUUACUAGAGAACGAGAUUGAAUUUCUCACCACUGGCUCAGCCCAUAUGUUCUCUCAUGAUAUAUUCGUCCCUUUGUUCAUUCUAGGUACGGAAUGCUGGCAGAGUAAGUCAAAGCAGGAAAGAAUCGAAGCGCAAUUCAUGGACCUGCUUUCGUCAACUGGGAUAUGGUGCAACUCGACUGCGCUUCGGUUUCUCAAAUCUUACUGGGAAAGCACCGAGUUCCAUGCAAAAGGAAGUUGGAUUCGAUACGCUCGAGAAACAGAGGAGCAAAAUGGCCCUUUUCUUGUAUUUUGA